AUGGAAGUUCUACGACAGAAACCAGAUUCGAAGUUAAAUUCAUUUGAGUCCGAAGCUUUGCUGAAGUGGGUGGACAGCUUCGAACUGUCGCGUUGUUGCAAGAAAUUAAAUCGUGACUUUUCCGAUGCAGUGCUACUGGCAGAAAUUUUAAAAAUUGAAUUUCCCUGCCUUGUUGAUAUUCACAAUUACAAUGGAUGUUUUGCGGUGACAGAAAAAAAGAAAAACUGGGAAGUGUUAAAUCGAAAAGUGUUAAAAAAGUUGCAGUUUUAUUUGAAGCCGGAUGAUAUUGAAAAGCUUGCUAAAGCAGAAACAAAUUACAUCGAUGAAAUUCUUUUUCGACUCAUGAUUAAAAUCAAACAAAUCAAAAGCAACACGAACAGCAGUUUGCUUAGUGGAAGUUCAGAUGAACAGAUGUCAGAUAUCAUGACAAUCAAGAUUGUGAAGCAGAUUGGUGAUCAUUUGGAAGAAAUUCCCCAGGAGAUGAUUAAAUAUUCUGCCUACGAAGAAAUGAUGUGUAAAAUGGAAAAGCAAGAAGAAGUCAUUGAGAAUAUGAAAAUGACUAUCGAUGACUUACAGAAACAACUCAGCUUGAAGAUCCAAUUGAUUGAAGACCUGCAGAAUCAAAUUGAUGAACGAGAAAGUAAAAAGUGUGCUAAAUUUUCCAUCAAAUCAAUCACCCAAUCGUUCUCAAAUUUAUUGUGA